CCACCCUCCCGCCGCUGCCCGCGGGACGCUGCGCUGCCCACCCGCGGAGCAGCCCAGGCCUCCGCCGCCACCUGUCAGUCCAGCCGCGCAUGCGCCUUCGCACCGUGCACGCGGGGGGGGGGGGGAAUGGCGGCGAGGGACCCGGAAACGGCCCAGAGACAAAUUGAUGAAAUUGACGCUCUCUCAUCUAUAUAUGGUGAUGACUGGUGUGUUGUUGAUGAAGAUGAAAGGAUAUUUUGCAUUAAGAUUAGUGAUUGUUUGGAGCAGCCAAAAUGGACUCUCCGUUUGCAGGUGAUUCUCCCUUCUGAAUAUCCAGCUUCAGCCCCACCUAUUUAUCAACUGAAUGCCCCUUGGCUUCGAGGACAGGAUUAUAUCGAACUAACAAAUAGCCUGGAAGAAAUCUAUGUGAAGAAUCUUGGUGAAAGCAUCCUUUACCUCUGGGUGGAGAAGAUACGAGAAGUUCUGAUAGAAAAGUCUCAGUCAUCUGAUGCAGCAGGACCAAACAUUGAGAAAAUUACUGAAGAGAUUGAUGAAGAUAAUGAAGAUGAUUAUUCCCUGGAGUAUCAACCAGUUCAAGAAGAUACAAUUAAAACACUGAAUUUUGUUAUAUCUGAAAGCCAAGAAGAUGAAGAACUGCCACCAAUUAAUCAUGGGAACCCAAUCUCGGACCGAAGGAGUACUUUUCAGGCACAUCUGGCUCCUAUAGUGAGCCUCAAACAGGUGAAAAUGGUUCUUGCCAAAUUGUAUGAGAAUAAGAAAAUAGCAAGCGCUACCCACAACAUAUAUGCAUACAGAAUAUACUGUGAGGACAAACAGACAUACUUACAGGAUUGUGAAGAUGAUGGGGAGACAGCAGCAGGUGGACGCCUCCUCCAUCUUAUGCAGGACAUUGUUCCAAAUGCAAUUAAGAUCAUUUUCUUCAGAGUUAUCAGUGACUCGGAAACAGGUAAUGCUAUUUUUGACAGAGUGCCACUCUCCUCCCCUUUUGCUCACUCGAUCCUUCCUAAAUAGUUUAUAACUAUUGAUUUUAACAUUCCAGUUGUGCAGAUCAUCCCACCAGGUUUCAGUAAUAUCAAUGGGAUUAAAUUUAUGCUCAUAAAUUAUCAAUUUCAAUUUCUCUGAUUUAUUACCUGGGCUCCUAGCAUUGUAGUGUGAGCAAUUCAAAAGAAUUUCUUUUCGUGUCCUUUGGUUCUUUGAUUAAUUUUAUUUUCAACAUCUUGAUUUUGUGAUAACUGAGUGCUCCUAUUUUCCCUCUUUUUACCUUCACUUUGUUACUGUUUAUCAAGUUCUCUAAAACUUUGCUAGGUGCCUGAUGGACAUAUAAAGAGUUAGGUUCUUAGACCUGAUCAUUCCAUAGGUUAUCUUCAAGCUGAAAGUGGAUCAGGUCAAGCUCAUCCUCAUUGCCCUGGCAUGGCCGAGCAGUGUUUGGUUGUAUGACCUUCCUGAUUCAGCCUCCCAUAUCUCUUCCUCUCCCUCCUGACCUCCUCAUGCAGAAUCACGGUCACAGCUUGCACCCCGUAGUCAGCUCCCUUCCUUCUCACUGCCUGGCUGCUUCGUGGUUGAAUGAGGAGGAAGAGCAUUGUUCAGUAGCUUUCAACAGGUUCUAUUCAACAGUGGAAAGUCCUGUACCAGAAUUGCCUAUUUGGUGAAAUGGAAAUGAUUUUCUAUGUGGUUGUCAGCCUGCAGAGUUCAACUGAUGCUGGCUUCUAACCAGUACUUCCUGCAUCAUUGGUAUUUGUGCUUAGCUCAUUGAGAAUGCACCUGUUGGCAAUUUCAGCAUUUCUUCCCCCCAUUCCUGGAAGAUCAGUCUUUUCCAGUGCCAUGGUAGCAAGAUUCUUAAAAGGGCUUCUUUGUCUCCAUCCUCCAGUCUGAGAGCUGGUUCCUCUGUAGGACCUUCACACAGUUCUGGCAGCCGUAGUGGGACCUCUGUGAGCCUCUGGCAUCUUGUUUCUUUCCGCUUUUGUGCGAGAAAACUGUGUUACUGGUUGUGAGAAAAUCUGCAAGUAGAGUCUGCAAGUUGCAGGCUCUGAUUGCAGUACCACCUUAUACACAGUUCUCCAAGGACAAAUUGACUUUACAUCCGCACCCAAAAUUUUUAUUUAAAGUGGUCUCUUGGUUUCAUUUGAACCAGGCAGUAUAUUUACCUGUGUUCUUUCCUAAGCCGCAUUCAUCUCAAGAGGAGCAGCGUCUCCAUACAUUAGAUGUCAGUUGAUGUCUAGCCUUCUAUCUUGACAGGACUAAACCAUUUUGUGCUUUGCCUCACCUGUUUGUGUUAUAUGGGGAUCGUAUGAAGGAUCGAGCAGUCUCUUCACAAACGAUCUUUAGAUGGAUAACGUCCUGUAUCAAGUCUUCAUAUAAAAUAACUUCAACUACACCCACUGAGUGGGUGUGAGCUAAUUCUAAGAGAGCGCAAGCAAUGCCAAUAGCGGCCCUUGAUGAUAUUUCAAUAUUGGACAUUUGUAGGGCUGCCAUAUAGUCGUCCAUACAUAUGUUUAUGAACCAUUAUGCCAUUACUGCAUCUUCCAGAGCUGAUGCAAACUUUGGAAGGGCAAUCCUGGAAUCCUUAUUUAGAUAGACUCCGCCUCCUAUGGGUACUGCUUGUGAGUCACCUAAGUGGAAUACAUGGCUGCAUCUACUUGAAAAAGAAAUGGUUACUUACGGUCACUGUGGUUCUUCAAGAUGUGAUGCAGACGUGUAUUCCACAACCCAUCCUCCAUCCCCUCUUCAUCGGAGUCUAGUGUCUGGGCUUUCAAUGCUAAGGAACAGAGGGGGAUCGAGGCGGCACAGCCCCAUAAAGCCAGGGGAGGGGCUAUGAGCCGGAGGCAAAAUUCUCUGGCUCCAGUGCACUUAUAAAAAGAGAAUGCGAGGGGCGGGAGUGUGGGGGAGUAAAGCGGAAAGAUACAUUUGACUUAACUGAAAAACACAGGGACUAGGCAAGGGUAUUUUUGAGGGAUAAAAGAGGCAAAUGGCCAAUAUUUGCCUUAACUUUCUGUUUGAGUGGAGAGAUGAGAAUCAAGUCCUCCUCACCAGAAUUAUUUUUUCAGGGUGCGAAGAGAUCCUAACUCGGACAUGAAGUGCUCCUUACCUUUCAUGUCUUCUCCAUUUGCUAUUGUUGCUGCCCUGCAAGUGGCAGCAGCCCAGGCCUGGAGCAUUUCUGAGAAGCAUUCACCUGGACUACGCCCCACAUGCAUGUUCUGAAGCUGCAGCUUACAAAGGUCUUCAGAGAACCACCCAAGACAAUUACCUACCCUAACCCCCACAGUGUUUCAGGAUAAAGUUAAAAAUGCAGCUAGAAGCUCUGCUCAUGGGGCAGGGAUUCAGACCUCAAUACAAAUAGUAAUUAAAAAUGCAUAAUAUUUAAAAAUAAUAAAUGUGAAUCAACAGGUAUCCCUUUAAUAAUAUCACUUGCAAGUUCCUUUGGGAAAAAAAAAAGCUUUCAUUAUUCAAAAGAAAUUAGUUUCACUGUUGACUUAUGUGUUUAUCUAUUUAAAAUGAUGUUCUGGGUUUUUUUUUU